UUUUAGUUUUCUGCAAGUUCGAAAUCAACUGUAGAAAAUGGAAGUUCGAUUGAGUGAAGCCGAAAAAGUAUUCAUAAUACAUGGUGCACAAGAAGGUUUACGAGCUGAUGGACGUAGCCCGUUCGAUUACCGACCUGUAAUAGUGCAAACCGGUGUUUUGGCAACAACAAAUGGUUCAGCACGCGUCCGAAUAGGUUCAACUGAUCUGUUAAUUGGUGUCAAAGCGGAACUGAUUAGUGUGGAAAAUAUUGCUCUUUACCGGAAUCGGCUAAAUUUCUUUGUUGAUUGUUCAGCAAAUGCCACUCCACUCUUUGCUGGUCGUGGUGGUGAGGAAUUCGCGGAUGAGUUAAGUGCAGCAUUGGAUGCUGCUUAUGACAACAACUAUGUGCUUCCAGAUUUGAAAAAGUUGAUUCUAUCUCCAAUGCAUGUAUGGAAACUGUUUGUGGAUAUCGUUCUUUUGCAGUGUGACGGUAAUGUCAUUGAUGCAGCAGGUUUAGGGGUUAAGGCAGCACUGAAAGAUACGGAAAUUAGCAAAGUUAUAGUCAGACCAGCCGACGAGGGAAAGUAUACAAUUGAUUUGCCGGAUGAUAAUACCGUUUGGAAAUUAAAUACAUCAAGAGUUCCUUUGUUUGUCAGUGUAAAUAGACUUGGAAGUGCUAAAAUUGUUGACAAUUCAUUGGCAGAAGAAGCAUGCACUCGCACAUCCGUUUGGAUCGCCGCUGCUCCACAUUUUGUUUCCGAUACCGAUCACAACAAAAGUAACCAGUCUGUAGUGAAGCGUAAUGGUGGCGUAAUUACUUUUAUGAGGCAAUGUGGUGGUGGCACUCUUGAGGUAGAUUCACUUGAAGAAAUGAUCAGUAUUGGCUUGAAAGCAGUGCGCCAACUACAUGAAGCACUUGAUCGGAGAUUAAUGGACGAAAAUCGGAUGGAAGAAAAACCUUUGUCAACAUUCUUACAAUAAGUAAAAUAAUUGCAUUGUCGACUUUUCCUCUAGACCGGAAAAUUGAGAGGUCGUUGUUUACAGAUGUAGUUUUUGAUAGCAGUUGCAUGUGAAGAACUGCAAAUGAGCCGAAUGGAAUUUAAUAAAAGCCGCAUUUCUCUGUUGAGAAUGAUAGGAUGGUGCUCCAUAAACACGAAAUUCGGUAGCUACUAAUUAUUAUAUGUCGUU